GCUUGUGCGUGUCCGACCCCAGGUCCGGCACCGACCCGACAAUGGAGUGCUGCCGCUGGACAACCGCUGGCACCCUGCUUCUAGCUUCCCUCAUCCUGAGCUCCAGAACAGCUCGCUCAGAGGAAGACCGAGACUCACUGUGGGAUGCCUGGGGCUCAUGGAGCGAAUGCUCACGCACCUGUGGAGGAGGGGCUUCAUAUUCACUGCGACGCUGCCUGAGCAGCAAGACCUGUGAAGGACGAAACAUCCGGUACAGGACAUGCAGCAAUGUGGACUGCCCACCAGAGGCAGGUGAUUUUCGUGCCCAGCAGUGCUCUGCUCACAACGACGUCAAGUACCAGGGGCAGCUGUAUGAGUGGCUUCCCGUCACUAAUGACCCUGACAACCCAUGCUCACUGAAGUGCCAGGCCAGAGGAACGGCUCUGGUUGUGGAGCUGGCACCAAAAGUUCUGGAUGGGACACGGUGCUACACUGAAUCCCUGGACAUGUGCAUCAGUGGCUUGUGCCAAAUUGUUGGCUGUGACCACCAGCUGGGAAGUGCUGUCAAGGAAGAUAACUGUGGGGUCUGCAAUGGAGAUGGGUCCACCUGCCGGCUGGUUCGAGGCCAGUAUAAGUCCCAGCUCUCUGCAAGUAAAUUGGAAGAUACAGUGGUUGCUAUUCCCUAUGGAAGCCGACAAGUUCGCCUCGUGCUGAAAGGACCCGAUCAUUUAUAUUUGGAAACUAAGACUCUCCAAGGUGUGAAGAGUGAAAACAGCCUCAGCACCACUGGCUCCUUCCUUGUAGAAAAUUCUAGCAUUGACUUCCAGAAGUUUCCUGACAAGGAGAUCUUAAGAAUAUCUGGGCCUCUCACUGCAGACUUUACUAUCAAGAUCCAUUAUGCUGGUGCUGCUGACAGUUCAGUCCAGUUCAUCUUCUACCAGCCUAUCAUUCAUAGAUGGAGGGAAACUGAUUUUUUUCCUUGUUCAGCAUCCUGUGGUGGAGGUUAUCAGCUGACAUCUGCUGAGUGCUUUGAUCUGAGAAGCAAUCGGGUAGUAGCAGAUCAAUACUGUCACUACUACCCUGAAAAUAUCAAGCCAAAGCCUAAACUUCAAGAGUGUAAUCUGGAUCCUUGUCCUGCAAGUGAUGGAUACAAGCAGAUUAUGCCCUAUGACCUCUACCAUCCCCUUCCUCGAUGGGAAAGUUCACCCUGGACUGCCUGUUCCUCCUCCUGUGGAGGAGGCAUUCAAAGCCGCAGCGUCUCCUGUGUGGAAGAAGACAUUCAGGGGCACAUCAGCCCCGUGGAAGAAUGGAAAUGCAUGUAUACUCCAAAGAUGCCUGUUGUCCAGCCUUGCAAUAUAUUUGACUGUCCAAAGUGGCUUGCUCAAGAAUGGUCUCCGUGUACUGUGACCUGUGGACAAGGACUCAGAUACCGUGUGGUCCUUUGCAUUGAUCACCGGGGGAUGCAUACAGGAGGCUGUAGUACUAAAACAAAGCCACACAUAAAAGAAGAAUGUGUUGUACCCACUCCUUGCUACAAGCCCAAAGAGAAACUUCCUGUGGAAGCAAAGUCGCCAUGGUAUAAGCAGGCUCAAGAGCUGGAGGAAGGAACAGCCGUAUCUGAAGAACCCUCGUUUAUUCCUGAGGCUUGGUCCACCUGUAGUGUCACCUGUGGAGUAGGCAGCCAGAUGCGGCUUGUGAAAUGUCAGGUGCUCCUCUCUUUCUCUCAGUCUGUGGCUGAUCUGCCCAUCGAUGAAUGUGAAGGUCCCAAACCUGUGUCUCAGAGAGCCUGUUACAGUGGUCCCUGCAGUGGGGAAGCAACUGACUACACCCCAGAGGAGACUCAGCUUUUGUAUGGCAGCUUGCAGGAGUUCGAUGAGCUCUAUGAUUGGGAAUAUGAAGGCUUUACAGAGUGCUCAGAGUCCUGUGGAGGAGGUGUCCAGGAGGCUGUGGUGACCUGUCUGAACAAACAAACUAGGGAGCUUGCAGACGAAGCAUUGUGUGUUAGCAGCCGUCGUCCUCCACAGCUGCUGAAGGCCUGUAGCCUGGACCCCUGCCCCCCAAGAUGGGAGAUUGGGAAUUGGAGCACUUGCAGUCUUACCUGUGGGGUUGGUUUGCAGACACGAGAUGUCUUCUGUUCUCAUCUGCUAUCAAGAGAGACGAAUGAGACCGUGAUUUUGGCAGAUGAGUUGUGCUCUAAACCCAAGCCGUCCCUCGUACAAGCCUGUAAUCGCUUUGACUGCCCACCCUCCUGGUAUCCUACAGAAUGGGAAGAGUGUUCACAGACCUGUGGUGGUGGUGUCCAGAAGCGAGAUACACUUUGUAAGCAGCGCCUGGCAGAUGGAAGCUUGUUAGAGCUGCCAGAAUCCUUCUGCUCCAUGCCAAGGACCGUUACACAGCAAGCCUGCAAAAACGAGGAUUGUCCCAAUGAGUGGCUUCUCUCUGACUGGACACAGUGUUCAGUAAGCUGUGGAGAAGGCACGCAGAGCCGAAAUGCUAUUUGCAGAAAGAUGCUGAAAACUGGGGGCUUUGUUAUCAUCAAUUCCUCACUCUGCCUCCCUUUGCCAUUCUCAUCCUUGAUCAGGCCCUGUUCACUAGGCCCCUGUGCAAGGCACAGCAGACCAGCUCAUAAGCAAAGCCCCCAUAUUAUGGCUGUAAAGCAAGUUUACAUCCAGACAAGGAAGCAGAAGAAACUGCACUUCAUUGUGGGUGGACAUGCCUACCUGCUGCCCAAAACUUCUGUUAUCCUCCGAUGCCCUACCAGGAGGUUCCGGAAGUCAAUGAUCACUUGGGAGAAGGACAGCAAGAGGCUUGUCAGCUCAGCUCACAUCACGAUUGCGCCCUACGGCUACAUGAAAAUCCAUCAUCUGAAGCCUUCAGACACUGGGACAUACACCUGCACAGCAGGGCCAGCCCGGGAGCAUUUCACAAUUAAACUGAUUGGAAGCAACAAGAAGAUCAUUGCUGGGCAGCCAGCUGGUGUUAGGGAGGAAGAAGUCAUGAGAAAGGCCGGCUUAAAUGAUGCCUUGCGCACAGAGGAUAAACAGCUCAAUGGGAUUUUCUUCAAUGGUAGCAAGGCUGAAAAGCGAGGGCGCCUUGCUAACCCCAGCAGAUGGUAUGACAAUAUUGUCUCAAGGCUGCUACAGCUCAGGGGCUGGCCAGGGGAAAAUUUGGAGUCCUGGGAAGCCCAGGAGUCCAUGGAGAGAAACGCAUCCUCAGAAGAGGACCAGAGCCGGGAGCAUAGCCUGCCAUUUACUAUGGUCACAGAGCAGAAACGCUUGGAUGAUAUCAUAAGGAAUUUGUCACAACAACCUGAGGAGCUUAAAGACAUCUACACUGAGCAUCUUGUUGUGCAGUUGGCUCAGGAGGUUUUCAAGAGCUACUUAGAGCACCAGGAUUUUGUCCUCAAAGCAUCAAGGAGAAAAGUUGAUUCAGCCUCUGUGGAGUACCCUCUCCACAGACGUGUUUCUGGAUUUACCAGCUCCCUGAGGACAUCAUCUGCUGAAACAUUUAUUCCCACCUCUGUAAACCUGGCAAAUGGCUUGCACAGGCCUCAUCAAAAGCCUGCCAUCCUCCGAAAGAUUUCAGCAGCACAACAACUUUCUGCUUCAGAGGUUGUCACCCACCUGGGACAGACAGUGGUCCUAGCAAGUGGCACACUGAGUGUGCUGCUUCACUGUGAAGCAGUGGGAAACCCAAAGCCCACCAUCAGCUGGGCUAAGAAUGGAGAGGAAGUGAAAUACAAUGAUAGGUUGCUUCUUCAGCCUGAUGACUCCUUGCAGAUUCUAGCACCCGUGGAAUCUGAUGUGGGUUUCUAUGCUUGCAAUGCAUCCAAUGCCCUGGGAUCUGACUCUGUCUCCAUUGCUGUCACCCUAGCAGGAAAGCCACUGAUAAAGGCAUCAAGAGCUACCAUGAUCAACACUGAAUCACCUGCUGUCACUGUUGAUAUUGGAAGCAUGCUGAAAACAAUCCAGAAAGCAAAUGUUAGCAUUAACUGCCAGGUUGCAGGUGUUCCUGAAGCAAAAGUUACUUGGUUUAAGAACAAGGUCAAGCUGUCCUCAACUCACCAUCUGCAUGAUGGUUUGCUGUUAAUACCAAAUGUUUCUCUAUCAGAUCAGGGGUUAUACUCCUGCAAGGCAGCCAAUCUUCAUGGAGAAGUAACUGAAAGUUCCCAGCUGUUGGUUCUUGAGCCUCCACAACCUCUUCCUUACCUAGAAGAGUUGACAGCAGUGCUUAGCAGUGCUGGGCCCAACACCCAUUCAGUGCUGACUUCUCCUUCAGGAACAAAAUUGACUGUCAGUCCAGGGAGCUCUGCUCUCAUAGGUUGUGCUGUCGAUGGACAUCCAACCCCAAACAUCACCUGGCUUUACUCUGGUGAGCCUCUCAGUCUGCAUCAUCAACUCCUGGCAGCAGGACGGAUUCUUCAGAUAGUCAAUGUCAGUGAUUUCACUGAUGGUUAUUUCAGCUGCCUUGCUCAGAAUGAGGCUGGCUCGCUCACACAAGUAAUGUCCCUGGCUAUACAAGAGUACCGGUGGUCGGUGGACAAACUGACAGCUUGUUCGGCUUCCUGCGGCCACAGAGGGCUGCAGCUGCCCCAGCUGAGGUGCUUACUGGAUGGGGCCGAAGUCAAUGCAUCCUACUGCAGAGAGACACCCAAGCCAUCUCUGCAGCCCAUCGCGUGCAACAGGAGGGACUGCCCUUCACGGUGGAUGGUAACAUCCUGGUCUCCUUGCACACGGAGCUGUGGCGGAGGCAUACAGAUGCGUCGAGUGACAUGUCAGCGCCUGACAGCGAAAGGCAGCUCUGUCCCUAUGUCAAACGAGGCUUGUGCCCAGGUGUCCAAGCGCCCUGUGGACACACAGAACUGUAACAAGCAGGCCUGUGUUGAGUGGGUAGCGUCCUCCUGGGGCCAGUGUAAUGGGCCUUGCAUUGGACCACGACUGGCUGUACAGCACAGACAGAUAUUUUGCCAGACCAAAGAUGGGACUUCUGUGUCAUCUGAUCAAUGCAGUUCCUUACCAAGGCCAUUCAGCACCCAGAACUGCUGGACUGAUGUCUGUGGUGUGCACUGGAGAGUCAGCCUAUGGACCGUCUGCACGGCUACAUGCGGAAAUUACGGCUUCCAGUCGCGGCGUGUGGACUGCGUGCACAUCCGCACCAACAAGCCCGUGAUGGAGCACCACUGCUCCUGGAGGCCGAGACCAGCAAACUGGCAGCGCUGCAACAUCACACCCUGUGAAAACGUGGACUGCAGAGAUACCACAAGGUACUGUGAGAAAGUGAAGCAGCUCAAACUCUGCCAGCUCACCCAAUUUAAGUCACGUUGCUGUGGGACUUGUGGAAAAUCUUGAAGACAGACAAAAUGAAAAUGGAGGAACAAGGGGAUCACAGCCUUUUCUUCACUGAAAAAAGGCUUUUGCAGAAAAUACAGAUGGAUGGAAUGAUCUUUUUCAUUUUAUUUAUUUAUUUCCCUUUAAAAAAAAUUCCAGACCUUUAACAAAUCAUUGUUGUAAAGGGACUCGACAAGUUUUCCCUUCUAUGAAUCUGGGAGACGGAAUGCAGAUAAACGUGGUCAUGAGGGUAGACCAGAAAAAGUCAAAGAGACCCAUGACACCAAGAGAUGGGUAUGAGAGGAGUGGGGCUUCCCCUCAAUCUGUGUACAUGCCUGUGGGACACACACCAAGAGACAGGUGAGGAAGAGGACCAGAGUCAAAACCUAGCAUCAUAUUACAGAAUCACAGGAUCAUCAAGGUCAAAAGAGAUCUUCAGUUUUAUCUAGUCCAAACAUUAACAGCACUACCAUACCCAUCCCUAACCUAUCCCUGGGUGCCAUAUUGAGACUCUUCUUGGACACUGCCAGAGAUGGUAACUCCACCACCUCCCUGGGCAACUUAAUCCAAUAUCUAGCCACUUUUUCAGUGAAUUUUUUUUUUAAUAUCUAAUCUGAGCCUCCACAGCACAAUUUGAGGCUGUUUCUUCUCAUCCUUUUGUUUGAAACAUGGCAGAAGAGACUGACCCCCAUCUGACUACAACCUCCUUUCAGGCAGUUGUAGAAAGCAAUGUGAUCAGCCCUGAGCCUUCUCAGAGCUAAACAAUGCCAGCUGCCCCAGUUGUUCCUUAUAGGAUGUGUUUUUUAGAUCUUUCACCAGUUUAAUAGGCAUUCUCUGGACAUUCUCCAGCACCUCAAUGUCUUUCCAGGAGUGAGGGGCCCAAAACUGAGCACAGGAUUUGAGGUGUGGCCUCACCAGUGCUGAGUACUGGAGGAGAACCACUGCCCUGGUCCUCCUGGCCACACUAUUGCUGGUAGAGGCUAGGAUACUAUUAGCCAUGUCAGGCGCCUGGGCACUGCUGGCUCAUAUUUAGUCAGAUGUUAACUAGCACCCCCUGGUCUCUUUCGUCUGAGCAGCUCUCAUCUCCCUUAGACUACCUUGAGAACAUAAGUAUGUGAUUUUGCUUUACAAGCUUAUUUGUUGCAUCCAAGAUUGGAAGCCUUUUAACUUCUAAACCACUCUCUCCUUCCUACACCAGGCAAAGGACAUCCUUGUGAUCUUUGAGGAUCUAGGUCUGAAGAAGUUGGACAAUGGUCUGUAACAUAAGUGGGUCUAAAAUACACCUGAAAAUGUUUCCAGUUUGAGCUUGUGAGGAAGGAUUGGGGAAUGAAGGGUUGUCCUCAGCACAGAGGUUCAGUGCCAAUGUUAAUAAUUAACCAGCAAAAGAAGAAUGAUCUCUUUGACAGACUUUUGUACAAACUUGCAAACACUAUUCCCUAGAGAUCAUAGGCAGGAAAGAUAGAAAUUGUAUGUGAUAAGCAGGAAACACUUUGCAUACUGCAUCCUACUAACACUUAUUUAGAAAAAAGAGGUACUACCUCCCAAAAUUCUGGUGCUUUCAGACCCAGGGUUUUGAAAAAUAACCUGAGGAAGUUGUUUUUUCUUUUUUGUUAGAAAUUUCUCUUUCCUAGCAGCCAAGCUUUUUGGAUAACUGGUAGAAAAGAGCUUUAUUCAAAUUUUUCAUGGUUGUUACUACUCAGUUGAAACAGAAUGACUUUAGCAUCAGCCUCAUUGGACUAAUGCAAAUAAUUUGUAAGAAACUUGCUCCUCUCCAGCUGCCUCCCACAACAAAACAGAAGCUAUAAAGCAGAUCCUUAAGUCCAUGUAUAAGACCCCAAAGGUACAGUCUAAAAAAUGAGACUCAAACAUCACACUCACAGCAUGAUUUUGCAUGCAGGCUGUGAGUCUUUCCACUUGGCCAGCUACAGUGGAUAUUCAGCCAGUGAAGUGCUGUAUGAUUUUACUUCCUGGGUAUUCUCAGGAAAAAAAAAAAAAAUAAAAUUAGAGGAAAUUUGCAAAGAAGAGAGUUUGAGAAUUGUACAACUUUAAAGGAGAACCACCUGAUCUCAGGUUUUGCUUCACAACCUUCUCUAAAUGAAAGGCUUGGUUGCGUUUCUCCUGUAACUCCUGUUGGGGCUAGUGCCUUGUGGUAUAUUAAUGAAAUGCUGUUCAAGUUCUGCUAUGCUACAGCUUUCAUGACAUGUGGAUUUUUCAGUAAAACUGGGGAUUCCUUAUUGAGGUCAGUGCCAGGUUCAUGAUAUUAAACUGUCUCACAUUGGCUUACUUAAAAUACAUCUGGGAGUGAAUGUUCUUGGUAGAAAUGGGUUUUCAAGAACUAAGCAUCAGAGCGACUUUUUAUUUAAAAAAAAGAAUAAUGACUUUCUGUGUAUGUAAAUGUAUAUCUUUUCUGUAUAUUUAUUAGGAUUUCUUGUAUAAAAAGUGCAAUAUUAAUAAUUGUACAUUAUUUUGUCCAGAUAAAACUAUUUCAGUUUUGUUUUAAAUCUCCCCAGAAUUUUGUUCCUCUAAAAUCAACAGUAAUAGUGUAUUUUCUUAAUUUUAAUAGCACUUGCAUUUAAUUGGGGAUCUGCUUCACUGUGCACAGAGUGCUCUAUAGAUAAUGACCUGAGGGAGGGAUGAUGUUUUUAACGUGGGAGAAGAUAAUUAUGCAUGGAAUGAAGGACAAUUCCUUAGUAACAUAAUAAUAGCAAUGAUGAUGAUGACGAUGUGAUGGAUAUUUUUGAUACAUUAGUUAACAAAAUGCAGCAUGGGGAAGUAUUUUCUUUUGUGUAAAAGCAAAAUAUGUUCAAGCUAUCACAUGUUCCAUUGUAUCUGUUUAACUGUGCACAGGAUAAAUUCAAAGGAUCUGAUCUGGAGGGGCCACUCUGUUGUCUCUGCACAGUGUGGAUUGAAUUUCACAUGUCUGUCUUCUGAAUUGUGACUUGGCAGCAUCUCAGUAAUAUAAGGAUUACUGGUUAUUUUUUAAAAGGAUGCUCUAAAGAGAAAACAAAACAGCAAAUUUGUAUUUAUGUAACUUUUUGUACAAGUAAUGCAGGUUACUUAUUUAACUACUACUACUGUCUGACGUGUAGUUUUUUAAUCUUAAAAACAAAAGCCAAAGUAGAAAAGCUGUUGAGUGUGUAAAAUUAAUAACAGGUUUGCAUGUGUUCUCAAAGAAUAAUUGUUGUAUCUUAUGCUUAUGGCUUUAGUUAUUAGUCAAGUCAAAAAACUCUCAAAACCUUAAGAGCAAACUUCCAGUUUUGUUCUGCU